AUGCCCUCCCCCUCUCGCCGCCGAGGCGCCCGCUAUCUGUGCAGCCGCAAGAAGACAACGGUGACGGUUGCAACCGAGGACGAGAGUCCGAAUAAAUGGGCGGACAUGCCGCUGGACUGGAUCUUGGCCGUCUUCCACAAGCUGGAUCACAUUGACAUCCUGAUGGGCGCUGACCAGGUGUGUCGCUCCUGGCGUCGCGCAGCGCGGGACGAGCCAGAGCUAUGGCGCCGCAUCGUCAUGCGCGGCAACGCCGACCUCUCAUUUAGGCUCAACCGCCAGGGGAUGGCCUGCGCCGCCGUCCGACGUAGCGCGGGGCAGUGCGAGGCGUUCUGCGGCGAGUACGCCGGCGACGACGGAUUCCUCUUGUACCUAAGCGAGCAGGCACCCUCGUUAAAGAGCCUUCGUCUCGUUGAGUCCUAUGGUGUCGACACCGAAAUAUUUGCGGAGGCAAUUAAAAAGUUCCCCCUGCUCGAGGAGCUCGAGCUUUCGCGUUGUAACAUUAGACAUGUUUGGCAUGUGAUUCAGUUCUGCCCACAAUUGAAGCACUUUAGGCAUGUCAAAAAGGGAUACCACAUCCGCGACAACUACUACGACACUCGUCGCGGUACCCACAACAUGGAAGCCUCUGCAAUUGCGAGGAUGCCCGGGUUGCUUUCCCUGCAGCUCCUCGGUGACCACCUGGACAAUGAAGGGCUAUCAGCCAUCCUUGACAACUGCCCACACCUAGAGUUACUUGACUUGCGCGGUUGCCUCAAUAUCCGCAUGGACGGCAGCCUGCGCCUCAAUUGUGUCUGGGUCAACUGGGAGAAACUGUGCCGGUAUACCUUAACUGAUGACCGGGUGCAUUUUUGCGUCGACCAACUUGCUCUUUCGUACGACAAAUCAACUGAUGACUAUGAGGAUUUUCAGCAAUGGCAGACCUAUUAG